AUGACAGCAAGAUGUUUUUCAGACUACAAAGACCUGAUUGAGGAGGGCGAUUUAACCCUAAUAUGGGUUUCUAGAGACAAUAUCAAGCCAGUAAGAAUGCAAUCCGAAGAGACGUUCAACACUCGUUAUGGUUCGUUCCCUCACAAAGAUAUUAUAGGCAAACCUUACGGUUCCCAAAUUGCCAUAAGAACAAAGGGUUCAAAUAAGUUUGCCUUCAUCCACGUCUUGCAACCAACGCCCGAAUUAUGGACUUUGUCAUUACCGCACAGGACUCAAAUCGUAUAUACGCCUGACUCUUCAUACAUCAUGCAAAAACUAAACUGUAGUCCUCACAGUAAAGUAAUUGAGGCUGGUACUGGUUCAGGAUCAUUUUCGCAUGCUUUUGCGAGAUCUGUAGGCCACCUUUUCAGUUUUGAAUUCCAUCAUGUAAGAUACGAACAGGCUUUGGAGGAGUUUAAAGAACACGGCCUUAUUGAUGACAAUGUCACAAUCACUCACCGAGAUGUUUGCCAAGGCGGAUUUACUAUUGAGAAGGGAGACACUACGUCUUAUGAAUUUGCCAACGAUGAGACAGCUGCCUCAUUGAAUGCUAAUGUAGUAUUUCUGGACUUACCAGCACCUUGGGAUGCUAUACCUCACCUGGAUUCCGUCAUUGCCACAGAAGAAAAAGUUGGCCUAUGUUGCUUUUCGCCUUGUAUUGAACAAGUGGACAAAACUUUGGAAGUAUUGGAAAAAUACGGUUGGACUGAUGUGGAAAUGGUGGAAAUUCAAGGUAGACAAUACGAAAGUCGAAGACAAAUGGUCAGAUCUUUAGAUGAUGCUAUGGAGAGAUUAAGAGAUAUCAAGAGACACAAGCUCCAAGGUGUAGAAAGACGUAAGCGGAUGUUUGACAAUACUAUAGAUACCAGUGAUGAAAAAAUUGAAAAAAGAAAUGAAGACGGUAUACCGUUAACAGAAAAGGCAAAAUUCAACCCAUUCGGUAAAGGUUCUCGUAUCAAAGAGGGUGAUAGCAAUUAUAAAUGGAAGGAGGUUACUAAAGUUGAAUCCGAAAUUAAAUCACACACCUCAUAUUUAACUUUUGCGUUUAAAGUCAUAAAUAAAUGCAGAGAUAAGGAACAAGUUAAUGAAGUUCUCCAGUCGAUAAACGAACAAUCAAAGGACUAG